AUGCAUGCUAUGUGGAUGUUAGUGACAGAAACUAUCAAAUGUGGUAGUAAGCUGAGUACAGAUGUUUUGCCACAGAGAGAGAGGACACAUUGUUAUCAUAAGACCAAUGCUCCCAUAGAAAAACCAGAAUUCAGCACCAUUUCUCAACACAAGGAACCUCUAUGGAGAUGGUUUUGUGAACUGGAAAUUGGACAUCCAUCUAGGAAUAUUAUCGAGAAGAUUUUUCUAGCAUCCACAACAAAUCCAUCAAAGCAACGUCGAACAAUAAAGAAAGUUCUAAGGGUGAACAACACCAUUGAUAUGUUGGAAAAUUUUGAAAAAUACAGAGAAACUGUGAAGAAAAGGUCAUUUGGACAGUACAAAAACCAUCCAAGAAGCGCAGUUGAUGGAAAUGAAUUGUUGCAAUUUCAUGUCACGACAAUGAAUUGUUGUUAUAAACAUAUGGAAAUCAAUCCUGAUGAACUCUGUAAAGAUCCAAGAUGUUGUGUUUGCAGGCUAAUUCAAUCCAGCUUCAAAACUUUGUACAACUCGAAAAAUGGAAUUCAAUUAAACACAAACAGUGAUGUCCCGUGUGAGCACGCGAAUCGCGUCUCUAAGGGAAAGAAUGUGAAGAGAGCUGUGAUAGUUUGCAGGACAAUUGCUGGUAGAGUAGUGAACAAGGAUGAUGUAAAACUUGAUAAAGAGUAUGAUUCAAUUGCAAGUGGACUUCAUUCAAGGUCACAAUACUUGAUUGUAAAGGACUCAAAUGCUGUACUCCCUUGCUUCAUCAUUGUUUUAGACUGA